ACAAGCAUCUGUCAAGCUAAUGGUAAUAAAAGCGUGUAGUUAAAGAAAUGAUUAAAUCUUUUUUCAAAGUGCUAAAAAACUAUUAAUAUAUUUUUAUUUUGCUGUAAUGUUGCCGAAAUCUCCCAAACCAGCAUUCUGGAAAUUCAUAAAAGGAAGUGCUAAAGUAAUAUUCAUUGCAGAAGCUGUUUGCUUUGCAGCCUCUUACGGAGUUUAUUAUCGUAUGAACACAAAUCGUGAGUUUCGCCACUAUAUCAACGAUAACUUCCCAUUUGCUCUAGAUUACUACUAUAAAGUGGGCGAGAUUUUGGGUAAUAGCAACUUGAGGCAAAUCGAUUCCGCAGUCUGGCGAGCUGAGAGCGAAAAACGAGAAUAAUCAAAACAAUUUUGGCGGCGUUGGCUACGGGCUUAUGUUGCUUACCGAACCAUCUGAGGAGAAACUAGAGCGCAUAAAAGCCACGGGAGGUCCAGCACAUCUAACCA